AUGGGGUCUGCCCUUAUCUUGGCCUCCGCGUCGCGCAGGAAGGCUCUUUCGGCCUCUUCUUUCUUCUUCGCUUCGUCGUCCAAGUCGACCUCUUUCUUGCCGAGCAAGACGUCGUCGCGGUCUUUGUCUAGGCGCCUCUUUUUCAAAUCGGGGCGCUCCACAUCCUUGUCUGCGGGGUCGUGCUCGUACAUCCAAUUGAGGCGGCGGCGCUUGAGGACUUCGGCGGGGUCGAGACGGCCAGACUCUAUCUCGAGACGUUGGAUUUCCUCGAGUUUGCGCUCCUCCUCAAGCUGCUUUUGUAGCUCAGCGACGCGCGCUUUUUCCUUCGCGGCAGCUUGCUCGGCGAGCCAUACCUUUUCGUUGUUGCGGAUGGUCGACGUGUGCCACGACUUCUUGUUGAGAAACUGGAGCGCGCUCAUGUUGAGACAGGGUGCGGUAGAGAGAGGAGAGCGAGGGGAGAGAUAUGAAAGGCAAAGAGGAAUUCGGUAUGGAAAGAAACAAUGGCAGGAGGGGGAGGACUACGCAACGCUGCAAACAAGGCGGCUUUCGAUGCAGAUUGAGUCUGACUGGGCAAGUUCGUAA